AUGGACUACGACGCCAUGGACAUAGAGCCCCAGGGGCCCCAGGUCACCGUCCGCGAAGUGAGCUCAUACCCUUUAUACCCUCUUAUACCAGUCCCCCCUAACACCUCCCAGGCAGAACCAUACCGCGUAGACUUCCGCCUCAGCUCCGUCGACCUCGCCUUCGCCAACUCCUUCCGCCGCACCAUCCUCGCCGAAAUCCCCACCGUCGCAAUAGACGUCGUCGAAAUAGAAGUAAACACCUCCGUGCUCCCUGACGAAUUCAUCUCCCACCGUCUAGGCCUGAUCCCCCUCUGCUCGAAAAACUGCGACACAGAUAUGCUGUACUCGCGAGACUGCGAUUGCGAAGCAGGCUGUGCGCGCUGCGUCAUCAACCUCUCCCUACACGCCAAGUGCACCUCAGAGGAUAUCAUGAAGGUGUAUGCCAGGGAUCUGGUCGUGGUGGGCGACAGGGCGAACGAGUGGGUUGGGAACCCCGUUGUUACGGAUCCGGAAGGGAAGGGACCGAUUAUAUGUAAGCUUCGACGGGGGCAGGAGGUUAAGUUCAAUUGUAUCGUCAAGAAGGGCAUUGCGAAGGAACAUGCCAAGUGGGCUCCGACUGCGGCGGUUGGGUUCGAGUAUGAUCCGCAUAAUAACCUGCGUCAUGUCGACUAUUGGUUUGAAGAAGAUCCCAUCAAGGAGUGGCCCCUCUCUGCCAACGCAGGAUGGGAAACAGCCCACCCUAAAGACCUCCCGUUCGACUAUGACGCUGCUCCCAACACAUUCUACAUCGAUAUAGAAAGUAUAGGAAACCUCGAGCCUGACGCUGUCGUGCAGCAGGGUAUCAUCAUGAUGCAGCGAAAGCUUGCCGAGAUCAUCUCCGGCCUGACUGGUUCCGACGGCCAGGGCAUGGUUAACGGUGGAGUCGAGCAGGAUGGAGCCGGCGCCAGGAGUCCCGAUGCAUAUGAGCCGCCGGAGGGCAUCGAUGGCGGGUUCACUGCGUACGGGGGUGCGAAUGGAGCUGGGCCUGGUUCGGGUGCUGCUGGUGCAGGCGGCAGUGGGAGUGUUUGGGGCGGGGCCGGUGGUGCAACGCCCUACGGUGCUACGCCUUAUGGUCAGGGAUACGGCUUUUAA